UUCUUCAGAAAGGGCAAACCCAAGAUUGGAGUUUUGGCUAUUCCCAUCUAACCAUAUUUAAUCCUUGCUUGACAUGGGAACAAAACCCUAAGGGUUCUUGCAAGAACCGAUCGCCGCCAGAUUGAUCUCAGCCGUUAGUUAUAACUCUCUUCUCCUUGCUCUCUUCAUUACCAGCUCCCUUCAUUACCAGCUCCUCCUACUCUCUCCUCGGAUAUGCCUUAAACCUUACUGGAUUUUUUUUGUUUCCUCAUUUCAACCUAAAUUCCUAGAUUCUUGUUGGAGUUUGUUUUAUUGUUCCUCUUACCUGGAAACAUGGUCCUCCAACGUUGUCUAGUUUAUGUCAAGACAUCGAUUCUUGGGGACUAGCCCAUAUUUCAGCCAUAGUUAUGUUUGGGGCUAAUAAACGACGUCUGUAGUUUAGAAUUUAGAAUAUUGUUUUAAGUGAGGGAAACUUUUGAUCUUUUGUAGUUUGCCGUUAUCUUAUUGCACCUGUAUAUGUAGGUUAGCUGUUUUAAACGUAGGAAGUUGGGGAUUUUUAAGGGUUUCGGUUGUGAUUGUUGGUAUUGUGUAGUCAUUAGUUUCUGAAUUUUUGUGGUGGGUGAUGAUCAAAUUGGGGUUUUGAAUAUGUUAUCCGAAGUGGGUAGGAGACCGAUGAUAGGAACUAAUGAUCGAUCAUUCGGUGAUGGUUUAGAGAAUGAAAUAGGGUUGUUGCUGCGCGAACAACGAAGGCAAGAGGCUGAUGAUCUCGAGAAAGAGCUCAAUUUGUACAGAAGUGGUUCUGCCCCUCCAACUGUGGAGGGUUCAUUGAGUGCAGUUGGGGGCUUGCUAGGAAAUGGAAGCUGUGGUGCUAGUGCUGCCUUCGCUGAGUUUGUUAGUGGCAAAAGUGGGAAUGGCCCUGUGUCAGAGGAAGAGCUUAGGUCUGAUCCCGCUUAUCUAUCCUACUAUUAUUCAAAUGUGAAUCUGAACCCUAGGCUUCCACCUCCUUUGAUUUCCAGGGAGGAUUGGAGGUUCACACAGAGAUUGAAGGGGGGAGGGAGUUCCGUUUUAGGUGGGAUUGGAGAUAGGAGGAAAGUGAAUAGGGCCGAUAAUGGGAAAGGAAGAUCUUUGUUCUCUAUGCCACCAGGAUUUGAUCCAAGGAAACAAGAAAUUCGGGUUGAAACUGACAAGGUUCAUGGCUCCACGGAGUGGGGUGGUGAUGGGCUGAUUGGUUUACCAGGUUUAGGCAUUGGGAGUAAACAGAAGAGUCUUGCAGAAAUCUUUCAGGAUGAUUUGGGGCAUGCAACUCCUGGGACAGGGCACCCUUCUCGCCCAGCCAGCAGUAAUGCAUUUAAUGAAAAUAUUGAGGCUGCAGGUUCAGCUGAAGCUGAGCUGGCUCAUUUGCGCCACAAGCUGUCAUCUACGGAUACUUUACGAUCAGGUUCAAAUGGUCAGGGCUCAUCUGCUGCCCAAAAUAUUGGGCCUCCUUCUUCUUAUUCUUAUGCUGCUGCUGUAGGUUCUUCCUUGUCUAGAAGUACUACUCCUGAUCCUCAACUUGUCGCUAGAGUCCCUAGCCCUUGCCUUACACCCAUUGGACAAGGGAGGGCUUCUGCAUCUGAAAGGAGAGGUGUUACCAGUUCGAACUCAUUUAAUGGUGUUAUAUCCCGCGUAGGUGAGUCGACAGAUUUGGCAGCUGCUUUGUCUGGCAUGAACUUGUCAACAAAUGGUGUGAUGGAUGAAGACAACAGAGAGGAUGUUGAUAUCUUUGGUAUCCAAGGAGGUCAGAAUCAUAAGAAGCAAAAUGCUUUCCUAAAGAAAGUUGAAUCUAGACAUUUACAUAUGCCUUCUCUCUCCCAAUCAGCAAAGGUUUCCUACUCUUAUUUGGCUAAGAGCAAUGACAGCGGGUCAGAUGUGAAUAGCUCAACCUUGAUAGUUGAUAGGCAUGCUGAACUGCAGAAAUCUGGUGUUCAUUCUGGCAAUUCUUUCAUGAAAGGAUCACCAACCUCCACUCUUAACAGUGGAGGUGGCUUACCUAUGCAGUACCAGCAUCUAGAUGAUGCAAAUUCAUCUCUUCCAAAUUAUGGAUUAAGUGGAUAUGCAGUGAAUCCAGCAUUGGCUUCUAUGAUGGCUAGCCAAUUUGGCACUGGUAAUCUACCAAUGUUGUUUGAAAAUGUUGCUGCAGCCUCAGCUGUGGCUGUCUCUGGAAUGGACUCAAGAGUGCUUGGAGGAGGAGUGGGAUCCGGAGCAAAUCUAACAGCUGCUGCCUCUGAGUCGCAUAAUCUUGGAAGAGUGGGCAGUCCAAUGGCUGGGAGUGCCCUUCAGGCACCUUUUGUUGAUCCAUUAUAUCUCCAGUACUUGAGGACUCCUGAGUAUGCUGCCCAUCAUGCAGCUCUUAAUGAUCCCUCAAUCGAUAGGAACUAUUUAGGUAAUUCUUACAUGAAUAUCCUUGAACUUCAGAAAGCUUAUGUUGAAGCUCUUCUAUCAUCUCAGAAACCACAGUAUGGAGUCCCAAUGGGUGGUAAAUCUGGGGCUUCUAGUCAUCAUGGCUAUUUUGGGAAUCCUGCUUUUGGUGUUGGUAUGUCCUAUCCUGGAAGUCCUUUGGCAAGUCCUGUUAUUCCAAACUCUCCAGUUGGACCUGGUAGUCCUAUAAGACAUAGUGAGCUGAACAUGCAUUUUCCUUCUGUGAUGAGGAACUUAGCUGGCGGCAUCAUUGGACCAUGGCACUUGGACACAGGAGUAAAAAUGGAUGAUAGCUUUGCAUCCACCCUUCUGGAAGAGUUUAAGAGCAACAAAACCAAGUGUCUUGAACUUUCAGAAAUUGUUGGACAUGUUGUUGAGUUCAGUGCUGACCAGUAUGGAAGUAGAUUUAUUCAACAAAAACUUGAGACAGCCACAACUGAUGAGAAAAACAUGGUUUAUAAGGAAAUCAUGCCCCAUGCACUUGCAUUAAUGACUGAUGUGUUUGGUAAUUAUGUAAUUCAGAAGUUCUUUGAGCAUGGACUUCCUUCACAGAGAAGAGAACUUGCUGGCAAGCUUCUUGGUCAUGUUUUGACACUUAGCCUACAAAUGUAUGGUUGUCGAGUGAUCCAGAAGGCAAUUGAGGUUGUUGACCUAGACCAGAAGAUUAAAAUGGUAGAAGAGCUUGAUGGUCAUGUAAUGCGUUGUGUACGUGAUCAGAAUGGGAACCAUGUAAUCCAAAAGUGUAUCGAGUGUGUUCCUGAAGAAAAUAUCCAAUUUAUUGUCUCAACAUUCUUUGAUCAAGUUGUGACUCUCUCCACCCAUCCAUAUGGGUGUCGUGUGAUACAGAGGAUAUUAGAGCACUGUAAGGACCCAAACACACAAAGUAAAGUCAUGGAUGAGAUUUUAGGAGCUGUUAGUAUAUUGGCACAAGAUCAAUAUGGCAACUAUGUCAUUCAGCAUGUGCUGGAGCACGGAAAACCCCAUGAAAGAUCCGCUAUUAUUAAGGAGUUAGCUGGGAAGAUAGUUCAGAUGAGCCAGCAGAAGUUUGCGUCCAAUGUUGUGGAGAAGUGUUUAACUUUUGGUGGUCCCAGUGAGCGAGAGUUACUGGUGAAUGAGAUGCUUGGAACCACUGAUGAAAAUGAGCCCCUUCAGGCAAUGAUGAAAGAUCAAUUUGCAAACUAUGUCGUACAAAAAGUGCUCGAGACUUGUGAUGACCAACAACGCGAGUUGAUUCUUACUCGAAUAAAAAUUCAUUUAAAUGCAUUGAAGAAGUAUACGUAUGGAAAGCAUAUCGUUGCUCGCGUGGAGAAACUUGUUGCUGCUGGGGAAAGGAGAAUCGCCGCUCAGUCUCUGCACCCUGCUUAGGUGGCAUAGGAAAGAGAGUUUGUACAGCUAACUGAGGCUAGUGUGAGCCUCGUCUCUUUCGUCCUUCCCAUUUCAAAAGCUAUGCCUCUACCCAUCUUUUUAGACAGGUAUGGGCAGAUUGAAAAUAAACGUUGUUGCUUGUACCGGAAACUGUACAUUGUGUAGUUGUAAGGCUUAUACAUAGAGUUGAGGAAGCUGAGGAUCAGAUGUUGAGUACGCCUGAUGCCCCUACAAGAGGAGAUAAAUGACUAUACUAAGUUCUUAAGGGUGUAAAAAGAGAAAAAGAUCAAAUGUUGAGGUAGUCUAAACGCUAAUGUACAAAUGUUGGGAUGUGGAGAUCUAUUAAUGUUAGGUGAGGCCAGUGUUUUCCUUUCAUGUAUCGGUAUUUUACUCUUCUUUUUUUUUCUCCCUCUUCCCUCUAUAAAGUACAUUUUUCUUA